CGAAGGUGUUUUUGUUGUUUCAAACCACAAACCUCUGCUCUGCCGAAACUGCCCCGACCGUAAAAAGUGCAUUUAACCAAACCCAAUCAGCGACCAAUUGACGAGCCAUGGCCGAGGAGGAGCUGCAAACGUACCGCCGCUGCAUUGGCAAGCAGCUGGAGGAGCUGGAGCUGAUGAGCUCCAUAUAUUGCGCAACCGGAGAGCUGGAAAUGCUCGAUGCGGGCGUCGUGGCCGAUUUCAAUGAGUUCCUCGAGGAGUUUAAACCCGCUGCCAAUCUCCGAUCACAUCUGGAGUACAUGGUGAAGUUAAGUCUGCCCGCCAAACAGAGUGUGGAGGUUAGAGUGGAGCUGCCACAUCUAUAUCCGCUUUUAGAGCAGGCAAGAGUCAGUGUUCAUACACCACUGCUAGGAAAAGCUAAGGAGCAGCGCUUGAAGAUAGACUUGGAGCUGUUCCAGAGCGAAAGGCGGGAGGAGGAGCCUGAGCCGUACAUCUAUCAGUUGCUGAGCUGGCUGCAGGAGCACAUCGAAGAUCUAAUGAAACGACCUGCCUCCGAGUUUCAGUCAGAGCAGCCUGCCCAAGAACCACAAGAUCUCCCGCCACCCGCUGCCUCCCAUCUCGAGCGAAUGUGGAUUUACUCGCACCAUAUUAAAUCCACCGCCAAGCGGCAGGAGUUGAUUCGACAGGCCCGCCAGCUGCAACUCACUGGCUUCAGCAGACCUGGAAAACCGGGCAUCAUCUGCGUGGAAGGUGACUCUGAGAAUGUCCAGGAGUUCUGGCGCACCAUCAAGGCUCUGCGGUGGCAAAAGAUCAGCGUGGUGCGAACGGAACCACGUCAACGAAAGCGGGGAUUCGAAGACUUUAGUGAACAGCUCUUCAACGCCGAGGAGGGCGUGAUGAACAUGGGCCAGUUCAUCCGAUUCCUCGAGGCCCACGGCUUUGGAUACAUGAAGUCUGAAUUGUUUGGUUUAGCCUGAGCGGGUUUGGCCCACAAAAUUCAAGUUGUAAAUAAAGUUCGUUAUUUCAUUUCAAA